GGGCAGGACACACCUCCCAGCCCUGCGGCCUCACCCACAGGAAGUGCUGGGCUUGGGGGGCAGGCGACAGGGGAGGUGCCACACCGGGUGUCCCGCUCUCAGCCUGUGGCCCCACCGACCCGGCUGCGCCACGGCCCUUUUGCCAACAGCCCCGGGGACGUUGCCGGGACCCGGGGCCCCCCGGCUACAACCAUGUUUCGCAGGAAGCGCAGCGUCUCCUUUGGGGGCUUUGGAUGGAUCGACAAGACCAUGCUGGCGAGCCUAAAGGUCAAGAAGCAGGAGCUGGCCAACAGCUCGGAUGUGACCUUCCCAGACCGGCCGCUGUCCCCUCCUCUCACGGCACCUCCCACCAUGAAGUCGGCGGAGUUCUUCGAGAUGCUGGAGAAAAUGCAGGGGAUCAAGCUUGAAGAGCAGAAGCCGGGCCCCCAGAAGAACAAGGAUGACUACAUCCCGUACCCCAGCAUUGAUGAGGUUGUGGAGAAGGGAGGCCCGUACCCCUUGAUUGUCCUGCCCCAGUUUGGGGGCUAUUGGAUCGAGGACCCAGAGAAUGUGGGGACGCCGACCUCCCUUGGCAGCAGCAUCUGUGAGGAGGAGGAAGAGGACAGUCUCAGUCCCAGCACAUUUGGCUAUAAGCUCGAGUGCAAGGGCGAAGCCAGGGCCUACCGCAGGCACUUCCUGGGGAAGGAUCACCUAAACUUUUACUGUACUGGCAGCAGUUUGGGGAACUUGCUCCUGUCCAUCAAGUGUGAGGAGGCGGAGGGCAUCGAGUACCUUCGGGUCAUUCUCAGGUCCAAAGUGAAGACAGUGCAUGAAAGGAUCCCCUUGGCUGGAUUGAACAAGUUGCCCAGCGUCCCUCAGAUUGCAAAGGCUUUCUGUGAUGACGCUGUGGGGCUGAAAUUCAACCCUGUCCUAUACCCCAAGGCCUCCCAAAUGAUUGUGUCCUAUGAUGAGCACGAUGUCAACAACACGUUCAAAUUUGGGGUUAUUUAUCAAAAAGCCAGGCAGACCCUGGAGGAAGAGCUGUUUGGAAACAAUGAGGAGAGUCCAGCUUUCAAGGAGUUCUUGGACCUUUUGGGGGACACGAUCACACUGCAGGAUUUCAAAGGUUUUCGCGGAGGCCUGGAUGUGACCCACGGACAGACGGGGGUGGAAUCCGUGUACACGAUAUUCCGGGACAGAGAGAUCAUGUUUCACGUCUCCACAAAGCUGCCGUUUACCGAGGGAGACGCCCAGCAGCUCCAGAGAAAGAGACACAUUGGGAAUGACAUUGUGGCCAUCAUCUUCCAAGAAGAAAACACACCGUUUGUCCCAGAUAUGAUUGCCUCCAACUUCUUACACGCCUACAUUGUCGUGCAGGCUGAGAACCCGGGCACGGAGACCCCGUCCUACAAGGUCUCAGUCACGGCCCGGGAAGAUGUGCCUGCCUUUGGCCCCCCUCUGCCUAGCCCUCCUGUUUUCCAGAAGGGCCCGGAGUUCAGGGAGUUUCUGCUCACCAAGCUCACCAACGCAGAGAACGCUUGCUGCAAGUCAGACAAGUUUGCGAAGCUGGAGGACCGGACGAGGGCUGCCCUGCUGGACAACCUCCACGAUGAGCUUCACAGCCACACUCAGGCUAUGCUGGGACUGGGCCCAGAAGAGGACAAGUUUGAGAAUGGGGGCCAUGGGGGAUUCCUGGAGUCUUUCAAGAGGGCCAUCCGUGUGCGUAGCCACUCCAUGGAGACCAUGGUGAGCAGCCAGAAAAAGCAGCACAGCGGGGGCAUCCCUGGCAGCCUCAGUGGGGGCAUCUCGCACAACAGCAUGGAGGUCACCAAGACUACCUUCUCGCCUCCGGCAGCGGCAGCAGCAGCAGCAGCGGCGGUGAAGAACCAGUCACGGAGCCCCAUCAAGCGGCGGUCAGGGCUCUUCCCCCGGCUGCACACAGGCUCUGAAGGCCAAGGCGAUGGCCGGACACGAUGUGACAGUGCAUCCAGCAACCCCAAGACCCCAGAUGGUGCACACUCUUCUCAGGAGAUGAAGUCUGAGGCUUCAUCCAACCCCAGUUCUCCGGAAAUCUGCCCCAACAAGGAGAAGCCCUUCAUAAAGUUGAAGGAGAAUGGCCGAGCCAACAUCUCCCGCUCAUCCUCCAGCACCAGCAGCUUCAGCAGCACGGCGGGGGAGGGGGAGGCCAUGGAGGAGUGUGACAGCGGGAGCAGCCAGCCAUCCACCACCUCGCCCUUCAAGCAGGAGGUGUUUGUCUACAGCCCGUCCCCGAGCAGCGAGAACCCCAGCCUGGGGGCCGCAGCCACCCCCAUCAUCAUGAGCCGGAGUCCUACAGAUCCCAAAAGCAGAAACUCCCCGAGGUCAAACCUGAAAUUCCGCUUUGAUAAGCUCAGCCACGCCAGCUCUAGUGCGGGUCACUAAUGUGAAAGAGGAGUCCUUCGCUUGUCAAAGGGAAGCCCUGAUUCUGUCUUGGAGAAGGCCUUUUCCCAGCAGUUUGGGGGUGCCAUCCACGACUCUGACCGUCACAGCCCUGCUGCCCCACCAGCCACCUGCCCACAGACCAGCCGUCUGUCCCCAUGUCCCGAUCUGGCCACCGCCCUGCCUGUCCCCUAGCCAAGACACCCUGUGAGCGCUCUCUUUCUCUGGACAAGGCCACCUCCCUCAAGUCUCCUCCUGCUCCUGACCGCCCAUGUGAUGUGUGUCUGGCCCAUCCAUCAUCUUGUUUUGUGCACAGAAGAAAGAGUUGGACUUGGGGGGAUCUGGGCCCCGGGGACUUGGUCAGAGAUUAGUGGGGCAGAGAGUGGUGAGGUGGGGUGC